UCAAACAGCCUGUGGAGGAGCCAGUGCUGUAGUAGUUUGAUAACACAAGUUGUACUCUGUAUCCAUUCUUUGCUAAUUGAAACAAUGUCGCGUGUUCUGAUCGUAGGGGCUGGCCUCACUGGUAGCGUGUGCGCUUGUCUGCUUCGGAGAGAAAUGCCACAAAAAAUAAAACUUGUCGUCUGGGAUAAAUCUCGUGGAGCAGGGGGUCGAAUGUCAACGAGCAGAAGUCCCACAGAUUCUGCCUGCACAGUGGAUCUGGGGGCCCAGUAUAUUACAUCCACGCCUCACUACGCGCGGAUACACCAGAGUUUCUACGAGGAGCUGUUGGCCCAUGGUGUAUUAUCCCCUCUGGUCACUUCAGUGGAGGGAAUGAUGUCGCGGGAGGAGGGCCUGACAAACUAUGUGACGCCAAAGGGAGUCUCUUCCAUAGUCAAACAUUACCUCAAAGAAUCAGGAGCAGAGGUGUUCUUCGACCGCCACGUCACGCACGUCUACCGGAGAGGUGCAUGCUGGGAAGUGCGUCGCAAGGACGGCGAGCCCGAGCUCUUUGACGCCGUGGUCCUCACCAUGCCGGUCCCACAGAUACUGCAGCUGCAAGGGGACGUGGGCUCCUCAAACUGUUCUUCGCUUACGAUCGAGCCACAGGGGUUUGGGUACGAACAUGAGGAGGAGGCCAAUGGUUCCAGUGUGGGGUAG